AUGGCGGAAUAUCUUGGAUGGGAAGAUUAUUUAACAAUAGGGGUAUACUUUGUGUUAGUUCUCGGUGUGGGACUAUGGUCAACCUGUCGUUCAAAUAAAGGCAGCGCUCAUGGAUAUUUUUUGGCGGGAAAGAACAUGCACUGGAUACCAGUUGGUGCCUCCAUAUUCGCUAGUAACAUUGGAGCCCCGAUGUUCAUAGGGAUAGCUGGAUCCGCCGCUGCUUCAGGCAUCGCUGUCAUCAUCUAUGAAUGGAUUGCUGUGUAUUUCCUUAUAUUACUGGGUUGGAUUUUUGUCCCUGUGUAUACGUCUUGUGGGGUCUUCACGACACCAGGUUACCUUAGAAAAAGAUAUGGAGGAAAGCGGAUCCGAAUUUAUUCUUCUAUAUUUGCUCUUAUCGGAUUUGUUCUGUUCAACAUUUCGAUAGAAAUUUAUUCCGGAGGGGUAUUUCUCAAACAACUGUUAGGCUGGAAUAUGUACCUGUGUGUGGUCAUCAUACUUCUUGUUACGGCGGUAUACACCAUCGUAGGUGGCUUAACGUCAGUAAUAUACACUGAUACCCUUCAGACAGUUGUCCUGCUGGCCGGAUCUAUAGUCUUGUUUGCCUUGUCAUACACAGAAGUCGGAGGCUGGAGAGGACUACAUGACAAAUACAUGAAUGCUGUUGCUAACGAAACGUUAAUGAAUAAAACGUUUUAUUCAUGUGGACUGCCAAGGGAAGACUCGUUUACUAUUCUGAGGAACCCAAAGACAGGCGACAUACCAUGGACCGGAUCUUUGUUUGGAUUAUCUACCCUAGGACUAUACGUUUGGUGUCAUGAUCAGCUGAUUGUUCAAAGAUGUCUGGCAGCCAAAUCCAUAUCACAUGCAAAAGCUGGGUCCAUACUUGGAGCUUGCCUUAAGAUACUUCCCUUCUUUCUAUACCUAAUACCAGGGAUGGUUAGCAGGAUUUUAUUUCCAGACGAAGUUGCAUGUGCUGAUCCUACCACGUGUAGUAAACUGUGUGGUAAUCCAGCUGGCUGUUCCAACAUGGCUUAUCCACUGUUGGUAUUGCGAUUUCUCCCAACGGGACUACGUGGAUUAAUGUUGGCGGCACUUAUCGCCGCUCUUAUGAGUUCCAUGACGUCAAUCCUCAAUAGUGCCAGUUCUAUAGUGACCUUAGACAUAUGGCGUGUAGCAAGAAAACGCGCUUCUGAAAUGGAACUGAUGAUAGUUGGCAGACUGACCGUGCUAGUGAUGGUAGCCACUAGUAUCCUAUGGUUACCUAUCCUAGAGAAGGUCCAGGGAGGAUUGUUCUGGUUUUAUAUGCAGUCCAUCCGCUCCUAUCUUAUCCCACCUUGGUGUAUGCUAUUUAUGCUUGGUAUUUUCUGGAAAAGAACUACGGAGGCGGGUGGCUUUUGGGGACUGAUCCUGAGUCUUGUAGUUGGGAUUGUUCGGAUGGUGCUAGAUUUUACGUACGCUGCACCUUUAUGUGGUAGCGGAGAGGUAGACGAACGCCCAUCUAUAAUUGCUGAUGUGGACUUUCUUCAUUUUGCGAUUAUCUUAGCCGUGUUUACUACAAUAUGUAUGGUUGUCAUUAGCCUUUUGACAGAACCACGGCCAGAAAGGAAGCUUAGACGUGUUACGUGGUGGACUCGCAAGGACAAGAACUUCCCAGAUCCUGACACAGAAGACGAGGAGGAGGAUGACGAAGAAAAGAGUGAAAAGAGUACUCAGAAAGAAGGCAGUUGUAUGAUAGCUUCUAAAGCAGAAGAAGAUGAAAACACAGUCAUUAAUGAAAUGGAAAUACAGCUACCAGAAUCUAAAGGUUCAUCUAAUAGAUUAAAAACUUUAUGUAUGAUGUGGAUGUGUGGAAGGACCGGGGAUACAAGACAACAAAGCACAUGGGAAACAGAGGACACUCAUAAACAACGAGAGAAGGAUCUGUCAUUUGAGGAAAAGCCUUUCUGGAGACGUGUUUUAAACAUAUCUGCUGUAAUCAUUAUCAUCAUAACCACAGUUCUUAUUGCAUAUUUUAAUUAA